AUGUCUGUGCACAGUGCAAGAGGAGGACCAGAAAGCAGAUCAUUCUCUGCUGCCAGCUCAAAGUCAGCGUCGGCCAAGGGGAAGGGCUCCGAGGAGGAGGAGGGCCGUCGGCACAGUAAAAGGAGCCUCAGCAACAGCUCAGUGGUGGCCGCUGCCUACAUUUCCUACCUCAACAAACUCUUUGGACAGGAGAGAGAGCUGAUGCCAGAGGAGUUAGAUGAGCUCCAGGAGGCCUUUAAGGAAUUUGACUACGAUGCGGAUGGCUUCAUCCAUUACAAAGACAUCGCAGAAUGCAUGAGGACCAUGGGCUACAUGCCUACAGAGAUGGAGAUCAUAGAGAUCAUCCAGCAAAUCAAGAUGAAAUGGGGCGGUCACGUAGACUUUGAGGAUUUCUGCCAGUUAAUGGGGCCGAGGAUGCUGGCUGAGACGGCUCACAUGGUCGGGCUGAAGGAGCUCCGCUGUGCCUUCAAACAGUUUGACUGUGAUGGUGAUGGAAAGAUCACGCUUGAUGAGCUGAAGGAGGGUAUGAAGACCCUCCUGGGGGAGAAACUGAAGAAAGGCGAGCUGGAGGAGAUCCUCAGCGACAUUGACCUCAACAAAGACGGCAACAUUGACUUUGAUGAGUUUGUUAUGAUGCUUUCUGCACGCUGACGUCUGAUAGAAGAAGUUGGAGCAUACAUCACAGGAUCGAGCUGGGCUCUGUUGGGAAAAGGUGAUGUCACAAACUACAACGCACCAAUCAGAAUUAACAA